AUGUCAUGCCAGACGAAUGUAGAUACCCCGCGGCAGUCGUCUUGUCCAUGUGCUGAUGUUGUUUUCGACUUUGAGGAACUAAAAUCGGGUCAAGAAAUCAACAGAGAAAUUAUACAAACUUUGUCUCAAACUGUUGAACAAUUAGUUGAGUUUAUGGGCCAGAGUAAAGGUGAAAAAUCAGUUGAAAAUGGGGGAAAGUUAGUUAAAAAUCGAAAUGGCAAACCUGCCACCGAUAUGCAUAUUUUAACUCACGCCCAAACAAAAGAAAUUAAUGAAACGACUAAUCCCAACGCCCCCGACAUUAGUAUAAUCGAGAUAUCUGAUCAAAACAACGUUGGCGCGGCAAGUCUAAAUAACGCUGGAACCGAUAAUGUUUCAGAAGAAAUUGCGG